CCAGAAGUAGCGUUCAUUGCUGCUAACUUUACAUUUCUGUUCAACAUGUCUCCCUGGCAGACUCCUCUCUGUCAUUAGAAGCGCCUGGAAUUUUCGUGAAACUACUGCGUUUUGUUAGCACAAAUCUAGCGGGCCGUUGUCAGCCAGGACCCAGAAAAGCAGCAUCAUCAUCAAUGGUGUGUCUACAUCCCGGAGCCGUCACAUUUUCCUGUGUCCGCUCAAUGAACUAUCUCCUCAGCUCUCAGCACAGCUGCACAUGUAUGGCGUUUGCGAGGCUUGGAGGGGAGUUUUGCAAAGCCCAGCACCUGCUGCUUAUUGUGGACAAGUGAACAGGAGACACCAGCUAGGCACAAUCACUGCCAUUCACACUCACAGGUCUUUACUGCCAUCCUGUUCAACCCAUAUGAAGACAAGCCAACCUUCAGUCUGUGACCUGUCCUGGGGAGAAGGGGAGGCAUUGGUUUCAGCCCAGGAGUUUCCUCUCUGCUCUCUUCCUUUCCUGCUUUUCCUUUCUUCUUCUGCUCUCGUUUGUACAAAUCUUCUCUGAAUGGGCUAACAGAUUUGAAAGAAAGGAUAGACAGAUAUUUUUUCCUGUCUUCAUUUUUUUUCCCCCCUCAGGACUUUGGGUGUCUUCUCUCUGCUCUUUUUGAUUUCAGUCUGCUAGAUUUUAAUUUUUUUAAUUAACAAGCCAAUUUUAGUUUUUGUCUGUUAUUGCCAAGAAAAGUUUCUCCCCUAAGAAUUAUUUGUUUUUAUUUAGGAGUUUUGUCAAAACAAUAGAAUAUUUUACAUUUUUUGCCCAUAGACAAUACUGAUACACUGGUAAAAUUCACUUUUUAUUUGGUUUUCUUUCAGUGGAAACAUUAUUUUUUACUUUUUUAAACACUCUGAAGGGGUUUACUUGAAGAUCUUGUCUGUUACUCCAUUCUUUGAAGCACAGUACUUUUCAGACCUUUAUUCUUUAUUAACAAAACUCUUGUGGGUCUAAAAAUGAACCGACCGGCACCAGUGGAGAUCUCCUAUGAUUGUCUGAGAUUCCUCAUCACGCACAAUCCCACCAAUGCACAACUGGGAAGGUUUAUAGAGGAUCUAAAGGCAUUCGGAGUAAACACCCUGGUGAGAGUCUGUGCUGCUACAUACGACAAGACACCGGUGGAACAAGAAGGCAUACAAGUCCUGGACUGGCCGUUUGAUGAUGGUUCCGCCCCCCCUGACCAGGUGGUUGAUGAUUGGCUGUCCCUGCUGCAGACAAAGUUUAGAGAGGAGCCCGGCUCCUGUGUGGCUGUGCACUGUGUUGCUGGACUUGGAAGAGCUCCUGUGUUGGUGGCACUGGCUCUAAUUGAGUGUGGGAUGGAAUAUGAAGAUGCAGUGCACUUAAUAAGACAGAAGCGUCGUGGAGCAUUGAAUGCCAAGCAGCUGCAUUACCUGGAGAGCUACAAGCCUAAACUGUGUCUGCGCUCCAAAGAUGCCAACGGACAGAGCUGCUGUAUACAGUAGGAAUCUAAAGAAAAUGGAGGUGUUAAAAGUUUUAAUUUCAGUUCCUUGCUUUGUAACUUCACCUGCACGUGUAGCAAAAGCCCACAAAUAUUAAAGUCAAACAGAAUUAAAAGCUUGUUUGUCUGUCCAAAUUAAAAACAUUUAUUCCAGUUUUUUUCUCUGUCAGUUCACUGUUAGAGGUGCAGAUUCAACUGAUGCUGUUGUUCUGAUUUAAAAUUCUAACUUUGGGAUCAGACUUUAUGAAUAAUUCAGCAUCUGCAGGCCUGACAGUGUGUUUGACAGUUGAUUCAUCCUUUUUAUAUAGUCUGUAGCUUGAUAUUUGUCCUAAGCUACAACACAAAAAAUUCUGAAUAAAUAGUUGGCAGCACAGUAUGAGCAUUCUGAGGCUGGCUGGUUUGUUGUACAUCAAUCCACAGCGGCUGAGACUGGUUUAUUUAUUUAUCUGAAUCUAUCCUCACUGACUAAAUCAAUGUCAUGCAGACAGAAUGAUGCACACAUGACUAAGAAUUCACAUGAGAUAGAACAUAUAUAAUAUUUAAUAAAUGUGCUUAAAAAAAGAUUAAAAGAUUUGAAGAAAUGUGUCGUCAGUUUGAUGCAAAUGUGAGAUGAUGUAUUAAACAAGAGUACAAUCCAUCUACAUAUUACCUGUCCCAGAUCAGAGUCAUAAGCGUCUGCUUGUCUAGAACAAACUCAUGUUGGCUAUAAAUGUUUGGCACUGACCUUCAUUAUAUCACCAAAUCAAGUAGACCAACAUGUAAAAGAUCAGUUGGUGAAUGUAUUGAUAAAGGAACACUUAAAGGUAUUGAUAGAUUGUUCUAUUGUCAAGUUUCAAGAACACAAAAACAUCCUUUUAUCCUUAGUGGUUGUGUACUCUGUGCUUCCACUCAGUGUGCGAAAUGCCAUGUGACAUGUCAGCCACUGGAUUAAUGUAGUGAUACAAGAACAAAUCCUGCCGUGUUUUGUAUUUGCCUAUUUCUUGGUUUAUUGGUACAAGGACAGUUAAACAAAAAACAUUCCCCAAAUUGAAUUAAGGAAUUUUACCUGUAUGUAGAUUAGCGCACAGUUUUUGGACUUUUUAAAUAUGCAGAAAAGCAACAUGGAGAUUAAAUAUAUUUAUUAAUUAUCAUAUAUUUACAGAUUGCAAAAAAUUGAAUUGUUGUUUCAUAAGACAACUAAGCACACGUGUUUGAUUGUUACAUCAUCAACCUGUGGUAUUUUAAUGUUUCUGCACACGUGUCAACACGUAUCGCUUUCCUGUUUUGCACCUUGCAUUAUAAUUUGUUUGCCGUUUGGGCCAGCUGCCAGACUGACUAAAGACUUACGUAAACCAAGACUUUUCACAGCUAAUAGGCAGUGUAUGACCUUAAGACAUUACAGACUGGAGAGACCUCGGUUCAGUUGACUGGGCUAGCAUCUCCAGGUGCCCAUGAAGUUGUAAAGCGUUGGCCAGCUUUCAUAACACAGAAUCAGGCUCCUCAGAAGAUGGCCAAUUUUUUGCCACAAAUAAGAAGAUAUAUUGUCCUGUUGCACUUUAUUUUAUAGGGUGUUGUUUUGCCUUUGCUGAUCCAUUUCCACAGAUAAUUAAUAAGCAAAACUUGGUAUGUCCUUUUUUAAUAGCUGCCUAGCAUCUGGCUUCUCCAUUUAUCCAUUCUCAGAAAGAAGCAAACAUUCACUUUUCCUGCAGCCAAACCAGCCUAGGUUUCCUUAUUUGAGAUCAAACCAGUUAUUUGUUUUUAUACCCAACCCUGUGGCAGGACACUACCACAGACACGUCCAGCUGCACCUUUCACAGGACCUUCACCAUCGUAGCUGCUCUGUAGCUCAGGGGGCCCUGCAGUGGCGCACCACAGUGGAUACCCUGUAAAUUAAGCUUGUAGACACAAUGGAUUCCAUUCAAAUGCUAUGAUUAUCAUUAUUUAUAUACAUUACUAUUCACUGCCAUAAAGUUAAGGAGCAGCACAGAAAAUGAAAAACAACACUGAACGGGCACUUGCCAAAGAUCAUAGUGGUGUGCUGUCCCCUCUGUCAGUUAUAAUAGCUUCCUUUUCAUCAUACCCAAUGAUGAGCAAGAAUGGCUGAUUCAAUGGCAUCAUACAGUAUCUGAUGUUAAUCCUCCUGCUGACUGAAGCAUAGAUUAUAUUGAGUGGUAAUUGUAUUAUAACAGUCCAGGCUAUACUGUUACAUGAUAGUAAGUCCAUGCAAACACAUGAGCAUUUAUUAUCAGAGGCAAGCUAGCAUUUAAGUAAGAAAAGCAGGAAGAAUGACCUUUCAGUAAUACAACUUUAGGAUAAUCUUGGUACCCCAGGUGCCAUCACCAAUCAAUAGGACAGUCUUUCAAAUACUUUGUGUUCCUGUCAAAACAACCAUAUAACAAGACUGUGGAGCCAACAUGGCUGCCACUGAAACCUUCGUGGCCAUAGUUCUCAUCUAUCUUUGGCUCUAGUUCUUCGGUCAGCUGCUGUGUUCGUAAGAUGCUCUUGGUCUUUGUGAUGUUAUUAUUUUUAUAUAGUUUUUAAUUUCCUUCCCUUGUACCUUGUACCUGUUUGUACCUGUUAUUUAUUUAUUGAUUUUACUGUGUUUCUUUGUGAAAAGUCCGUCUGAUGGAGAAAAAAAAUCUAUUAGUCUUCUUGGAAAAUUAAAGUGUUUAGUAAUGUAA